AUGGCUUCGCCCAGGCCCAAUACGACUCCUAUUGCGGGACCGUCCGCUCCUUCAACACAGCCAAUUACACCUCCAGCAGAGCCUCUACCAUCAUCAAACCCAGCUGCGCCUGCAAGUACCACCCCAGCUCAGAUACCUUCUACCUCACUACAAGAUAGCGGUAAAAGCAGACGACCCAGAGAUGCACGAUUAAUUCACAUGUUACUGGCCUCUCUCGGAGUCACUUCCUACCAGGAACGGGUCCCGCUCCAACUUCUCGAUUUCGCUUACAGAUACACCUCAAGCACUUUACAAGAUGCAGUAUAUCUAGCGACCGAGGGAUAUCCAGGAGAACUACAGAAAGAGGGUGGUGGUAGAGCCCAUGCGCAUCAAGAUGGCAGCAAUGGCGUUAGUUUAGGUGCGCUGCGAAUGAGCAUUGCUUCUCGGUUACAUUAUCAAUUCCAGCCAGGCCUACCCAAGGAAUUUUUAAUGGACCUUGCAGCGGAAAGGAAUCGGAUUAUGCUACCUGGUGUCUCAAGGGGACAAGAGGGAGGGUCAAGUAGCGCUACAGCUUCAGGACAGGAAACCAUGAUGGGCGGUAUACGGUUGCCACCAGAACGGUUCUGUCUGACAGGAGUAGGGUGGGAUAUGAAAGGAGAAUGGGAGAGUGAAGGUGAAGAGGAAAUGGAAGUUGAUACGCAAGCUGCUGGCGCUGGCGCGUCUGCUGAGAAAGACACAGAAGAGAGGGAAGAGGAUGAUGAAGAUGGGCGGAUGGAAGACGUCUUUGGCCAUACUUCCACCGCAGAUGCCAAUAAGGAUGAAGACAAGACAAUGACGGAUGUCUGA